AUGGCUGACCAACAAUUGCGCGACUUUGGUCGCAACGUCGGCAGCUGGUUCAAGUCCUUCCCAAGAAAUUUCCCCCGCUAUGUCACAGAACGUCUUCCCAUCAUCAAAUGGUUGCCAAGAUACCAAUGUGGAUGGGCAGCCAGGGACAUCAUUGCAGGUGUCACAGUCGGCCUAAUUGUGGUCCCGCAAGGAAUGUCCUAUGCCAAGGUCGCCGGUCUUCCGGUCCAACACGGCCUCUACUCUGCUUACAUCGGUGCCAUCUUUUAUUGCUUCAUGGGAACCUCCAAGGAUCUGACCAUCGGACCCACUGCUGUUAUCUCGCUCGUCACUGGAGAACUGGUUGCUGAACUCGCCGGAAAGAUGACCCCUCCCGAAGUUGCUGCCAUGUCCUGCCUUAUCGUCGGUGUCUUUACUAUGCUCCUCGGUGUUUUCCGCCUCGGUAUUAUUCUUGAUUUCUUCCCUACCACUGUCUUGGUCGGCUACACAACCGGUGCGGCUGCUACGAUUAUUAUCCAGCAGGUACCCAAAUGGCUCGGAGUACCUGGCAUCAAUAACCGUGCACCUGUCUACACCAUCAUCAUCACCAUGUUCCAGGCCAUCAAAUCCCUCUCUUGGCUCGAUCUCGUCUUCGGACUCGUCGCCAUGUUCAUCCUGCUCUCGAUCGGUCUUGCGGUCGAUCGAUGGGGCCGUGGUCGGUUCUCGAUCCAGUUGAUCAAGAUCUCGCGCUUCUUCUUUGUCACCGUCCUCGCCACCGCUCUCUCCUACGCCGUCAACAAGAAUGUUCCCCUCGACGGCAAGGGUCAGCCCAUCUACCGCCUCUCGAUCUUGAAGACUGUUCCCUCGGGUUUGCCUCCACCCGCUGCUGGUACGCUUCCCGCAGAUCUGGUCUCUGAGGUUGCACCCAAACUGGCUGCGAUUGCAUUGGCUACUAUUCUUGAACACAUUGCUAUCGGCAAAGCCUUUGCCAGAAGGAACCGCUACCAAAUCGACUCGAACCAGGAGCUGUUGACCCUUGGAUUGGCCAAUGUUACAGCUUCUUUCUUUGGCGCUUACGCCGUGACGGGGUCAUUCUCGCGCUCUGCUGUUAAGUUCCAAUGUGGAGUCAAGACUCCCUUUGCUGGCUUUAUCACUGGUGCUCUUGUCCUCCUUGCCAUCUUCUUCUUGACACCUGUCUUUUUCUACAUCCCUGAUGCUGCCCUCUCAGCAGUCAUUAUGGUCGCCGUGUCGACUUUGAUCUCUCCUCCUUCAGUUUUCUAUCAAUUCUUCAAGAUCAACCUCUGGGAUUUCCUCUCCUCCCAGGUCGCCCUCUGGAUCACCAUCUUUGUCUCUGUCGAGACCGGUAUCGCCGCCGGAGUCGGUUUCUCUCUCGUCGUCCUCCUCUUCCGUGUUGCCCGGCCUAACUUCCAUGUCCUCCGUCAGGUCAAGGACCGUCCUGAUGUCUUUAUUGACGCAUCUGUCGAUAGUACCCUCGACACCAUCCCAGCACCCCAUGGUGUCUUGGUCUUCCGUAUCGAGGAGUCGACUACCUUCCCCAACACCGAGACCUUCAAGACCUGGGUUGUUGAUGAGACCUACAAGUAUACCCGUUUCGGCGGCAAGGUCAAGUCCGCCACCGAGCGACUGUGGUCCGACGAUCUCGAGGUCCAUAUCCAUGGGCUCCGCAAGACUGCUCAUGGUACCGAGUCCAACAUUACAGAUGACGAUCUCCCCCGCCUCAGGGCUGUUGUACUCGACUUCUCGGCCGUGAAUAACAUUGACUCGACCGGUCUCCAGGGUCUGUUUGACCUGCGCGAGAUCUUGAAGGAUUAUGCUGGUGUGGCGGAUUACCCACAGUACUUUUUUGAGCUUCACUUUGUCGGCAUCCAAGCAAACGUCCUCCGCAUCCUCGAACUGUCUGGUAUCACCAGACCCGUCGGCCCCAUCGCCCUCCAGGAGGUCCAGGUUCUCGAGCACGACGAUGGUUCCAACAGCCACAGUACCUCGCCUCUCUCCCGCGCGAGCACUAACAACAAUGGUGGCGAGAUCCGUCUUCAGGACAUCGAAUCUGAUGACGGCAGUGAGCUCCGCAGGGCAGAUGGUAGCGCUAAGGGUGGAAACUUCAAUGUUGAAUCGACCAAGGAGCGCCCCGCUCCUGGUGACAUUGGUGCCGCUGCCUUGUCGGUUAACGGUCUGGGCUCGAGCCCCUUCUUGAAGGAGGAAGGGUUGGUCCACUUGACUGUCCGUGAUGCGAUUGAUUCGAUCUUGGUCCGCUCUUCACAGUGGGGUGGUGCGAAUGUCGACGAGGAGGAGCGACGAUCCACUCACAAGAUCGAAAUCCGCCACGUCUAA